UAACUGCGUCUUUGCGGCCGCCUUAGCCUGGGCCGUCGUUCAACUGGUCAGAUCGCGCCGCACCGAACACUAGGAGCGCGCACAUAAGAUCUUACGUUGCGAUUCAGCAAACUUCCGUACUGCCGCCUCAACUGCAGCAGCUAGUCGCGCCCAUUCGAAUCUCCAGUCCUGUACAUACCAUCCCUAGCUUGCGCGCGCACCAUGCAAUUACCACAGAGCCUCCGUUACCUGGCAUGGGCGGCCUUCGCCGCAUCCACUGCCCAGGCAAACACCGUUGUCGACGGAUUGAGCUUCGGUCACAAGGAUACCAUUUCCAGCAACCAUAGGGACAUUCCUGGUUGGAGGGUCUCUGGAGAAGGACACGAUCCCCAGAUUUUGAGCGACCGCGUUAUCCUUACUCCUCCGGCCCCGGGCAACAAGCGCGGUGCGUUAUGGGCGAACAGUCCUUUGGACAAGGACGAAUACGUCAUGGACUUUGAGUUCCGAGCUUCGGGACAGGACCGGGGAAACGGAAACCUUCAGAUUUGGCUCACGCAGGGCGGGCAGCCAAGUGGAGGAAUUAGCAGCAUCUACACUGUCGGGCAGUUUGAUGGUCUUGUGCUGAGCAUAGAUCAAUAUGGUGGCCAAGGAGGAAAGGUUCGUGGAUUCUUGAACGAUGGUACCGUCUCCUUCAAGGAUCACCACAGCGUCGACUCCUUGGCUUUCGGCCAGUGCGACUACCGCUACAGGAACCGCGGUGAGGUGUCUCGCAUGAAGGUCACGCAGACCGGAGAGAUAUUCUCCGUGGAAAUGGAUGGCCAGACGUGCUUCACAACCAACCAGGUCAGAGUUCCUGCGGGCUAUUACUUUGGUAUCUCGGCCGCGUCUGCUGAGAACCCGGAUUCUUUUGAGGCCUGGAAGUUUAUUGUUGCUACCCAUGAACUACACGGCCGCGAAGAAGUCCGCUUGAACCCACCUCCGGUAUACGGAGGGGAGGCCAAGGAGCUUCCUGUCUUCAACAACCCGGAAAAGGUUGCGGACGCACCCGCCUCUAACUUCAAGUCGCAGGAGGACCAGUUUAGGGAUCUCCACGACCGCGUCCAAGUCAUUGGCACUCAAGUAGACAACAUCUUCCGCCUCCUUGAUGACAUGCGAAAGAGGCAAGAGGAGCACCAUCACGAAGCAAUGACCCUCAACAAGAACGGGCCGAUCCAUGCGCACGUGGAAAUUGUCGAGAAGGCCGUUGGAAGGAUUGAGGCCGUGAUCGGGAAGAUUGAGGGCGGCGUAUCAGCGGUUCGGAGAGAUCUGGAAGGCAAGGACUACAAGGAGCAUUUGUCCAACUUGCAGUCUGCGCUGAGGGACACGCACGCUGGCAUUACGGACCAUGUAUCGAACAUUGUCACGACCUCGGCCCCGAAGAUGUGGACGUUCGUAUUCCUGGUGGUCAUCUUCCAGGUGGUCAUGUUUGGAGGAUACCUAGUGUACAAGCGCAGGCGGGACAGCGCGCCGAAGAAGUACCUCUGAGGGGUGAAGAAAGAGUGGGUUCGAGUGUUCGACUGGUUCGACGCAUGUGGGGCAUGGAGAAGAAAGAAAAAAAUAAAACAAAAAAGGAAGCUUGUAGGAUAGAUAGUUAUAGUGAGAAAAGAAAGACGUUCCCGAAGCGGAUGCGGGGAUUGUGACGAGUCGAGUAGGUGGUGACAAGCAGCGACACCUUGAAGUCGAGGGGGUUUGGCGUCAUAAUGCCAGCCGUUCGAGUCGUGUGAUUAGUUAAGCGCGUGGUUAUUCGAGCGGCCGACGACGUCGAUUGUUUUUCUGC